AUUUGGGAUGUGUAAGUUGAUAAAUUAGUCGGGAUAUCUAAUGCUGAACCCGAAAGAUCUUUUAAUUUGUACCCAAGGACUUUAUCCAACCUGGAUGUAACACCUGACAAUGAAUUUUAAACUACUAGCAAUACUUAUAUUCGGAAAAAUUUUGCUUGUUAUUGGACGCACGUGUCCAUUGCCUUGUUCUUGCAAAAACACGCAUGUUGACUGCCAUGGGAAGAAACUUCGAGUUAUACCACAGAAUAUUCCCACGUCUUCUGAUCGCCUUCUUCUUCACCAAAAUCAUAUAGAAAAUAUUAGUAAAAAAGACUUAUGUGUGUUUCCAAACCUUAUUGAAUUACAGCUACAAAAUAAUAAAAUUAAGUCGAUUACGGCUAACACGUUUUCGGGUGAAUGUCUUCCAAAUAUUCAGAGUAUUCGACUGGAAAAUAACAAAAUAAAUAGCAUUGAACCAAGUGCAUUUUCCAGUUUAUCUGCACUUAAAAAUAUAACUUUAACAAACAACAAACUAUUUCAAUUGCAUUCCAAUGUGUUUCAAGGCACUUCUUUGACGUUUUUGCAUCUUGGAAGUAAUGGGCUCAUCGAAAUUCCAAACCUUCAAAUAGAAAGUCUUGAAGUAUUAAUCUUAGAGGGAAAUAAAAUACAAAAUUGCAUUUUCCCAAAAGUCUUUGAUACUAUGUUCAACUUGACAAGAAUUGGUCUGAGCAACAACAAAAUUCAACACCUGGGAAGAAAUGGAUUUGCUAAUUUGAAAUAUUGUAGUGUACGCAAAUUAGAACUGGCAAGAAACAACAUAACUAAAAUUUCCAAUGAAAGUUUUUUACCACUGACAACAUUGCAAUCCCUUAAACUUGGUUGGAAUCCAUUGACGGAUGUUGAAUUACCUAAUGCUCUAUCCAGCUUACGCGAUGCGCCCUUAGUCUCUCUUAGCAUCCCUAGUAUUCAUUUAGACGGACACAUGCCAUUCUCCUCAUUGCAGGUAUUGGAAUCUUUGAACGUAUCGACACUUGAUAUGAGUUUUAAUGAAAUCAAUAAUGUUCCGAUCAUGGCUUUCAAAGCAUUGACACAAUUAAGAACUUUAGACAUCAGUAAUUGUGGGAUUCGAUUUAUCUACGAGAACGCUUUCAGUGGUCUACAAAAUCUUAACAACCUACUACUAAGCAAUAAUUAUGUGCAAAGCGUGCCACAGAAUCUUCCGAAGAAUUUACUUUAUCUUUAUAUGACCGGAAAUCAAAUUGACGUUUUAAAAAACAAGUCUUUCUCGAAUUUAGGGCUAUUAAGACGUCUUCAUUUGGGAAACAACAAAAUAUUGACGCUUUACGGAGGAGCCUUUUCUGGUCUUGACAGUUUAGAGGAAUUACAUCUUUAUGGAAACCGCAUCAACACACUUCUAAAGCGUUUAUUUGCACCAUUCACUCGUCUUACAAAAUUAGAGCCUCAACAAAACAAUUUGAAAAUGAUUCAAAACUCAACAGAAACCUUUUCCACGAUGUCCUCUUUGAAUGAACUAAAUUUGGCUGAUAAUGGAUGUUCCUCUCUUCCUUUGACGUUGUUUUCAAAUGUAAAUAAAUCUUUGCAGAAACUAGAGUUUAAAGGAAAUCUACUCGGUAAAAUUUUACUAGGUGAUAUUGAUAGUAAAUUAUUUCGUGGUUUAAAACAAUUAGACUUUCUUGAUUUGUCUAAUAAUCAAAUACAUGAUCUAUCACCUGGACUAUUUAGAGACAUGAUGAAUCUUAAAACCUUACUUCUGAGAGAUAACUGGAUACCUGGAUGGGGAAAAGGUGUAUUUAAACAGUGUAUUUCUCUCAAUUCCUUGGAUCUUUCGAAUAACGUGAUUGCAGUUUUAAAUGAAGAAGCCAUGGAAGGAAUUCGCGCUUUAAAGAGUGUCAACUUCACAAAUAAUCCCUUUGCAUGCACGUGCGAUCUGCUGUGGUUUCGAAAAUGGAUAAAUAGCACAAGCACAAAAGUUUUGAGUGUGGAAAACUAUCAAUGCAAUUCCCCUUUAGAAUGGAAAGGCAGGUCGCUGCUUUCUUUUGAUGAAACCCAAAUCGAUUGUUUUCUUGUCUCUCGGUCAACUACUAUUCUAAUCGCUCUUGCCGUUUGCGCAGUAACUAAUGUAAUUGCUUUGGUUAUUUAUUGGUAUAGGUUGUACAUAAUGUAUUUCUGGUAUAGAAUGAAGAAACACUUCAGAAAACAGUUUUUGAGACGACACAGGGACUACAAUGAAAUAAUAGAUAUGACAAUGGAGUUUGAUGCAUUCAUUUUGCCUUCGGACAGACCUGAAGAUAACAAAUGGAUCCAGGAGAACCUUUUGCCUGACUUUGAUAUCGGGACCGAGGAGGACAAUUUCCAUGGGGCUUACAGGAUAUACUAUGAUGAACGUGACACGCUUGGAAAUGAUUUCAAAUUAAAAAUAUUUAUGGAUAUCAUGGAGAAGAGCAGAAAAAUUAUCAUUGUGAUAACAAAGAAUAAAACAUCACAAUUGGAUGACAUUUUGAUCAUGGAAACGCUUAUAUUAAAAAGAAAUUCAGUCAAAGAUAUUAUUAUCAUAACUGUAAAUGAAAUUUCAUUAGCAGAUGUUCCAAGGCUUCUUCACUCCAAGUUCAUAAUAGGGGAUCAUGUUGAAUGGAGAGACAACCAAAUUGCUAAAACGGUUUUCAAAGAGAAGAUGAAGGAAAAGUUAGGAUAACCGAUCGAAGAGACUGAAAGA